AGUCUGAUCUGCCGAAUCCUCAGCAGAGGGCGCCAAGAAAUCCUUCUGGUGGCCAGCUUCGAGGACCUUUGCAGCAUCAUCAGCAGCAAAGGACCUUCUAUCGUCCGCCUCCAGCACAUAUGCAGCAUCAACAACCUUUGAUGCGUCCGCAGCGGCAAGAUCAGCAAGGGAUGCAGGAUUCUAUUCAGGCUCAUCAUGUUCAGAGGCCACUUCCUCCUAGGCAGAAGCCUUCCCAAUCGCAAUCUGAAGCUGGGCGACAACAACAAUCUCCAGAAGUUCAAGAGAAGCCCCCUGUUAUUGAUCCCAGGGACAAAGCUGGUUGGGAAUGAAGCUGCUGAUAGGCAAGUUGGCGAACUCUUUAAAAAAUUGGAGGCUGCUGUUCAAGGAAACAGAGAUGGCUCGUUUGGACGGCUGCGUGCGAGCUCUCGAGACAUGGUACAGGGAACCGCCGAGUCUGGAAUGGCAGGAAUCCACCUCAAACCAUGCGGUGCUCUUUCGGAGGGAGGUGAAUAGCGGUGAUGGGGGUAGUGUUCUAGCUUCAUAGUUGUCCUAUGCUGAGAACUUUGGUUUUUUGGUGUGAAUGGCAUGCACUUUGGCGGGCGCGCCUGGAAUACGCGUAGGAUCUGAAUGUCUGAACUGAAGUCGUUUUCGUUUUAUUCUUAAUAAAACGGGGGAGACCU